CCAUGACCUUUUUGUUUCCGUAGCAAAGAGAGGGACGAUCUUUACUAGUAACUGAAACGGCUCUCGAGGCCAAGUUGCGUAGCCGUAAUCUUCGUCACUCUUCUCGAGAUUCUCCCUGUGUUGGAUUUCGAUACCCUAACUUCCUCCUCGUUUACAAUUUCUCGGAUCGAAGAAGAUGGUAGCUGAUAGCAAAUCCGACCUUUCAUUGCCCAAAACUUUCGCCUGCAGUGCCUUCUCUGCCUGCGUCGCCGAGGUAUGUACGAUUCCGUUGGACACUGCUAAAGUGAGGCUUCAGCUCCAGAAGUCUGCCAUAGCUGGAGAUGUGACUUUGCCUAAGUAUCGUGGACUGCUGGGAACUGUUGGUACCAUAGCAAGGGAAGAAGGGCUUCGUUCACUGUGGAAAGGUGUUGUACCAGGGUUGCAUCGUCAAUGCCUCUUUGGAGGUCUAAGGAUCGGGAUGUAUGAGCCGGUUAAAAACUUGUACGUUGGGAAAGACCAUGUCGGCGAUGUUCCGUUGAGCAAGAAGAUCCUUGCUGGUUUGACCACAGGUGCGCUUGGUAUCAUGGUAGCGAAUCCCACUGAUCUUGUGAAAGUUAGACUUCAGGCUGAAGGGAAACUAGCUGCAGGUGUGCCAAGACGGUAUACUGGAUCGUUGAAUGCGUAUUCAACCAUUGUGAGACAGGAAGGAGUGCGAGCUCUGUGGACUGGUCUUGGACCUAAUGUAGCUAGAAACGCAAUCAUCAAUGCUGCUGAAUUAGCGAGUUACGAUCAAGUGAAACAGACAAUCUUGAAGAUUCCGGGUUUCACUGAUAACGUUGUCACACACAUUCUAUCUGGACUGGGAGCAGGUUUUUUUGCUGUCUGCAUUGGUUCCCCUGUCGACGUGGUUAAGUCAAGAAUGAUGGGAGAUCCUUCUUACAAAGGCACUAUUGACUGCUUCGUCAAAACACUGAAGGCAGACGGACCUAUGGCAUUUUACAAGGGUUUCAUCCCCAACUUUGGACGACUUGGCUCAUGGAACGUCAUCAUGUUUUUGACCCUCGAACAGGCAAAGAAGUAUGUCCGGGAACUAGAAUCGUCCAAGAAAUAAUACUUACAAAAUUUUAAGCAGACAGAAUAAGAGCAACUUUGUUUUCUUCUUAAUUUGGGUGAUCGAGAGAGGGGCCAGAACAGAGUUUUGUUUUCAAGCAAAACUGUGAAAUAAAUUUAUGUGGGUGCUGUACCAUUUAAACAUUCAUCAAAAUCAUACAUUUUCGUCUUUUCUUUUACAAAACUGAUAAAUCAGGAAGAAGAAGAAGAAGAAACUCUUACAGUA